AUGUUGAAUGCUCAAAACACAGAAUCAAGCAUUAGUUCAACUGCUUUUGAAGGGGUUGUAACUGAAAGGGUCUCUGUCUUCAGCUUCUCUGUAUCUUCUGGAAGUACUUCCAGAAAAUACGACCUACCAGAUAAGAACCAUAACCCUGGGUCAUGGAUUCUCUCGACCACAGCAAUAGAGUCUCUAAUGGCCAUACAUCUGACUGGAGGUUAUAAAGAAGCUGCUGAAGAUAUGUACACAGUAGCUGCUAGAAUUGUACAAAAUGUGAUGAACAGCACAUUUGAAGUAUACUUCAAAAAUAAGCAAGUUAUUUCUGCAUAG